GGAUCUCGUAGUUUUAGUUUGUCUUAUAGGUUGUAUUGCCCUUGUUACAGGUCAGGGGCAGACCUUUCCCUUCCAAAAUACCUCCCUGUCAUGGCAAGCUAGAGUAGAUGACAUUGUCGGUAGGUUAACACUAGACGAGCUUAUGUACCAGAUGGCAAAAGGAGGGAGGGAUUCCAAUGGCCCAGCGCCAGCCAUUCCAAGACUUGGUGUUGGACCAUAUCAGUGGGAUACAGAAUGUCUUCAUGGUGAUGGCGAAGCUGGACAAGCCACAGCUUUUCCUCAAGCUAUUGGUCUGGCAGCUACAUUUAGUCAUUCAAUGCUGUUUGAUGUGUCAGAAGCAAUAUCUAAAGAAGUUCGAGCUAAACAUUCAGAUUAUGUUAAAAAUAAUCAGUUUGGUACACAUAAAGGACUGAGUUGUUUUACACCUGUGAUAAACAUCAUGAGGGAUCCAUUAUGGGGUAGAAAUCAGGAAACCUACGGAGAAGAUCCAUACCUGGCUGGUCAACUAUCUGCUAGUUUUGUGAAAGGUUUACAAGGCAACCAUCCUAGAUAUGUUAGAGCUAAUGCUGGAUGUAAACAUUUUGAUGCUCAUGGUGGUCCAGAAAAUUACCCGGUUUCCAGAUUUUCUUUUGAUGCUAAGGUAUCAGAAAGAGAUUUGAGAACAACAUAUUUUCCGGCUUUUAGGACUUGUGUUAAAGCUGGUACUAUGAAUAUCAUGUGCAGUUAUAACAGACUAAAUGGAGUUCCAGCUUGUGCCAAUAAAUUUCUACUAACUGAUGUAUUAAGAAAGGAAUGGGGAUUUAAAGGUUAUGUUGUCAGCGAUCAAAUGGCCGUUAUAAAUGUGAUGACUAAACAUAAAUAUACUCAUACAAGAGAAGAUACUGUAGCAGCCUGUGUUAACGCUGGUUGUAACCUGGAAUUGUCUAAUAAUAAAUUCAACCCUGUGUAUAUGUCUCUUGUAAAAGCUGUAAAAGAUGGGAAGAUAAAAGAAUCCGUUGUUAGAGAUAGAGCAAAGGAAUUAUUCUACGUUAGAAUGAGAUUAGGAGAAUUCGAUUCUCCGUCAAUGAAUCCCUACACACAGAUACCGCUUUCAAUAGUAGAAAGUCAAGCUCACCAAGAUAUAGCUAUCAAGGCUGCCCUACAAUCAUUUGUUCUACUCAAAAAUAACAAAGUUUUACCUCUGCCUAAGACAAAGUUCAACAACAUAGCCGUAGUUGGACCUUUUGCAAACAACAUCAAACAAAUUAUGGGCGAUUAUCCACCAGAAACUCAACACAAAUUUAUCAUAACACCUCUACAAGGACUAAAAGCACUUUCAAAAUCAACACAGACAUCUGAUGGGUGCUCAGAUCCGGCUUGUCAAUCAUACGAUAGUAGCUCAUUAAAACCAGUCGUUCAAAACGCUGAAGUCGUUUUUGUAUGCCUCGGAACAGGUGUAGCACUUGAGAGAGAAUUUGUGGAUAGAAAAGAUCUUGAACUUGCUGGUAAUCAACUUCAACUUUUACAAGAUACAGUUACUAAUGCCCCAGCAAGCGCUAAGAUAGUGCUUCUGAUAUUUUCUGCAAGUCCACUUAACGUGCAAUGGGCAGAGCAAAGUCCAAGAGUUGGUGCCAUUAUCCAAGCUUUUUUCCCAGCUCAAGCGACUGGUGAAGCCCUCCGACGUGUUUUAACGAAUGAUGGUCCCGGUACAAGUUUUGGUGGUAGAUUACCAUACACUUGGUAUUCUAAAGGUUCAGACGUUCCAUCAAUAGUCGAUUAUUCCAUGCAAGGUAGAACAUACAGAUAUUUCAACGGUACUCCUGCCUAUCCAUAUGGUUAUGGUUUAUCCUACGCCAACUUCCAUUACAAAGGAUUUAAUAUACCUGCCACUGUACGAGCUGGUCAUGAUGUUCAUGGUAGUGUUUUGGUUGCUAAUACUGCAGAUGUAGAUGGCGAAGAGGUGGUUCAAGUCUAUAUAUCAUGGGUUCAAACAACAACUCCAGCACCACAACGUCAACUAGUUUGGUUUGAUCGUGUAUCAAUAGCAGCCAACAGUCAGGUUACAUUUAACUUCACUAUAACAGCAGAACAACAGGCUUUAUGGAUUGACAAUAUAGGAUGGAAGGUAGAAUCAGGAAAAAUAAUGGUCUCUGUCGGUGGACAACAACCUAACCAAAAGAAAUCAGUCGGAUCCAAUGUUCAGAAGGGUCAUUUUACUGUCCAUGGAGCUCAAUUACUUGGAAUCUAUUAAUUUGUUGUACGAAGAUUAGAAAUAAAUGCCAUCAGUAUUGCUGCUUAUUAAAAAUAAUAUAUAAAGUGUCUCAAUCAAC